AUAGUGAUUAAAGAAAUGUUGUCUGCCUCAGCAUUGGAUCAUUCACACACGCCAGAGAGGAAGAACAUCACCACCAACACCACCAACACCACCAACACAACCAACAGCAGCAGCAGAAAAAGAUUUGGUGGUAAUAAGAAAUUGAUGGAUGAGUAUUCUGGUAGAAGAGGUGUGGAUGGGGUGGCAGUCCCUAGAAAGGGGAUGACCCAUGUAUUUAGAGAUACUGCUAAUACUAGAGAGCGAACAGGGCAAGUUUGCAGCAAAUUAGGUUGCAGUAGUAGAGCCAAUAUUCCCAAAGUUGCUCAAGUCAGAUCUUCUGAAAAGGGUAAAUCUGUGAGGCCUUUAUUCCAGUCCUCUUCAACUAGCAAAGAAGAAAUUGGAAGUUCCUCUAGAUCUACUAGUAACCCGGCAAAACGAAAUACGGAACCUAGGAAAAUAUUAUCCUCUCAGUUUGAAGCAGAUUCCCCUGAAAGUAGUAGUGUACAGGAUGAACCAGAAUCUUCAGAGCUCAUCCCUCCAUCAGAAGAAAUUCAGAGAGGGCCUAAAUCCAGGGGGGGAAGUUCAGAGUCUAGUAAUGUGAGACUGAUGGAAGUAGGAAGCUCCAGUUCAGUAUCAAAUACUAGAUGUCAAAGGAAUUUAAAUCAAAGAUCUGGAUUGCGUGGACAAGAAAUCAAAAGCACUGGUCCAGUGACACAUGCUGUUUCAAGCCGGUAUGGAUUGAGGAACAUCAGAUGCAACACUAUAUCUGAUGUCAUCCCAUCUGGUUGUUCAUCAUCAGAUUCAAGUCAUAAUAGAAAGAAGGAUACAAUAAAAAAGAGAGACGGUGAAGGGGAAAGUAGUUCCACUGUCAGAGGGAAGAAUAUUAUUGGAUCUUCACUGGAAGGACGUAAUUCUGGCUCCAGAAAUGGCAUAUCUAUAUCUGAUUCAAGAAGAACAAGAAAUACAUUUUCUCACCGGAAUACCAGUUUGACACCAGUAAGAACUCAAAGAUCACUUAGUGGUCAUGCCAGGGGAAGGCUUUCUAGCCAAGGAAAUGAAAACCCUUUGGCAACCAGUGAGUUCCCACAUUCUGGUGAUGUUAAUCCUCAUGGCAUUUCAUGUCAGAUUUCUGUGGAGACUCCAUUAACUUGCUCAAGCUCUUGUCAUUCACCAGGCAAUAGCAGUGAGGACUUACCUCUGUCUCCUCCGGCAGAAGAUGACAUCACUGAUUCUCUAAAUGGGGACAACUUUUGGCAUUACAAUAUGUCCAGUAUUGAAGGGGUUGUAUUGGCCCUUGAGAGGAUUGAACAAGGUGGAGAGCUAACCCGUGAGCAAAUUCUUAUGUUCGGGACAGACAUCUACGAGAAUGGAUUAAACUUUUAUGAUCACCACAGAGACAUGCGGUUGGAUAUUGAUAACAUGUCCUAUGAGGAACUCUUAGCCCUGGAAGAGAGGAUGGGAACUGUGAGCACAGCUCUAUCGGAGGAAGCACUUGCAGAAUCUCUUAAAAGAAGUAUAUAUCAGUCUCCACCUACACAUGACACACAUGAGAAUUGUAAUGAAGAUAAGGAUGACAUCAAAUGCUGCAUUUGCCAGGAGGAAUAUGUUAUUGGAGAUGAAGUUGGGGACCUGCCAUGCAAGCAUAGGUUUCAUGUGGAUUGUAUACAGGAAUGGAUGGGGCUGAAGAACUGGUGCCCUAUUUGUAAAUUAUCUGCUGCACUGUCUAAUAAUUCAUCUUCACCUCAUUGAUUGCAUUGUUCCUUUUACUUUUCAUUUUGUACAAAAUACAGUUUCAGAUUUCCUCUC